AUGUUGGUCUACCUUCUGAUAGCGAACCCAGGAUAUGACGGCUCUUCUUCAUCCCAAUUCCCUGCUGCUACAGUACACCCAGUUAUUCAUGUCUCACAAUUUAAAAAGGCUUUGGGAUCAAGGGAAGCAAGCCAAAUGCUUCCUCCCCAGCUUGGUGCUGACCAGGAAUGGGUUGUGGAACCUGAUCAAGUUUUGGGAAAACAGCAAGCACCACCAGGACAGCCUCCAGGGAAAGAAGUACUACUUCAGUGGAAGGAUCUGCCUGCGUCUGACGCCUCUUACAGUGGAAUCCUUUCAGGAAGCUCGCACUCAUUAAAGACGGAAGGGCAUAUCCUCAAUAUAUAUAGAAAUCCUAAAGAGACAAACUUUCAUUGGAAAGAAGAAGAAGCUGAGAGGACAAUCGGUAGUAUAGGCAUCAGAGUCUUAAGUGAUUGUCUACUGGGUGGCAGUGAAGGCAUUGUGCAAAUUGACAUGGAUGGCCUUUCUGUCGAUGUUAAGCCAGUGGAACUUCAUCCGAUAAGUUCUGAGUGA